AUGUCGACCUCUUACUGCCUUUCAGACUUGAGUAACCCAAGAUAUGGCUACGACUUUGUUGUUGCGACCACUCAGAUCAGCAUCAAUGCCAUCCUGCUGCAGUUCCUCCAAGGAAUCACAGAACCAACAGUAACAGCUUGCUAUGUAUUCGACAACACAACCAAAUCCACAGUUCCAAUCGAUUACAACACACUGAUCCAGGAGGCAAACGGGACAGAUCCGUUCAGUGUGCCGGACGGCUCUGAUCCCCAAACCGACCAGGAUCUAAUCAAUCUGAAAAAUGUUCUGUUUGUGGGCGCCUUUCGGGCGACGAUGGGCUUGCCAUCCGACAUUAGUCCAGCUAACCUGCCAGACUUGGUGACUCUUGGUGCUGACACCUCGCAAGUCACAUUCAACCUUCUCUGUACGGACUUCACGGUGGUUGGGUUUGGUGGUUCAUACUAUUCCCCCGUGUGGCUGAAUCAGUCUCAGCCUUCCCAAGGGCCGCUGUGGACUUUUGCUUCCAAAGUCGAUAUGAUCCUUUCGACUGUCGACCAGAGCAAAUACUCCAAUUUGCCUCCAGACGUCCAAAAGGAGCUGAAGAAUCUAUCUGGAACCGCAUUCAGUGUGCAGCAAUUACUUUUUGAUUUGGACAAUGCGGGACUGUGGUCCACUCCGACCAUUCCGAAUGUAACCCCCGGCUCGGCUCUGGACGUUUUACUGCAAGAGACUUUCAUCGGCCUAUACUUCACCCAGAUGCAGAGCUCCGGACAGCCUCUGCUGGGCGUCGGGGUGGUCCAGCAGACGCCGCCCACCGCGAGCCUCGACCUGACAAACUUCAACUUCGAGGUCUCUCCAUACGUCGACCAGAACGGGCAGCCCUACUCCAAUCCAACCCAGGAACAGCAACAAAUGGCCACCCUGAACUACCUCUGUGCCAUCAACAACAACAACUUACCCCCUUCGGUGCAAUUCUCCUGGAACUGGGUCGAUAUCAGCGACCAAAGCAACUUCGACGGCGUCGUUUCGAUCAACCGCAACGCAUUCGCCUCGUAUUUGACCGCUCCCAUGGUCGCCUACGCAAAGCAGUACUGCUUCCAACCCACUUGCAACGUCGACCAAGAGUUCGAUGGCUUCGGAACAGUGCUCACUUUCUCGUGCUCGUUGCAAAAUAAUAACACUCCCACAGUGACGCCCGUCUGGUCAGGCGACAAUGUCAUGACCAUCUCCUAUACCGGCACCGAUUCCGCUUGGAAUCAGUACUCAGAUGAUGUUGGCACGCUGGAAAUCACAGCGACAUAUACGAUGAACAUGUCCUUCUCGGGCGCUCAGGUGAUCAUCACGCAGGAGCAGGUCAUCUACGUCAAGAUUUCAAAUACUCCAAAAACCUAUGAUGGGAACAUGGUUGACACAACCCUCACGGAUACUUACGACCUCUAUAUUGAUGACGACGGAAAUCUGGGUGCUUCCUGCACUUCAACGACCACAACAAACCCGACUUUCCCUUCAAUCAGCAGCAUCAUGAACUUUUUUACCGGUCUGGGGAGCAUUUCUCAAACAAUCCUCGGUGACAUUCAAAGCUUUCAAGGAGGACAGUUGAACGAUAUCCCCCUGGCUCCGUUCCAGAACUUUGUUUUCCCGGGUGGCAAUACCUUCGCGUUUAAGAAUGUGCAGUUCUCCAAUAAUCAGGAUCUUGUGACACCCAUCACGUAUCAGGAUCCCAAUGGCCAAGUGGCGGUCGCCCCAAAGUCGUCAGUGUCAAAGAAUCCGCAGAGAAAACUAAACAUCAAAAAUAUUUAUAGUGACAAAUAA